UGACGACCGCAGGGUCUGUACGGACGGAGCUACAAGAUGCAGGUCAGGCUUUUCGCAGAUGGCAGUCUCCAUGAAUCUUCUUAUCAUCUCGAUAUAUAGUACUAGCUGUUUUAUAGUUGCUUACCACGGCCUCAUGACAAAAGCAGUGGCACUCUCAACCCACCGAAGCACCAAGUCAAUGGAGUCUUGCCUGGAGAAGCGUUCCUGGGUUGUCCCGGAAUACGAGUCGAAUCAUGUCCAACCCGGGCAGUUUACUAAACCCCGGUGAAACCCCGCCUAUAAGCGCCAAGCGGGCAGGCAGCUGCAUACAAGGUCGCACUGGGGAAUGCUUGCUGUGCCAGAAGGCGAAUAUUCUUAUAAGCUCACAGAUGACACCGAUCUAUCUUCUUUGCCUUGCGG